CCAAAUUGUAAAAAAAAAUAAUCCAAAAUAUUUAUAAAUAGAACGCUAUAGGGUAUAACGAAAAUAAUGGUGUAAAAUAUCUGGUCCAAUAAAAAUUAACAACCACCACCGUUCCACCAUUUUUAUUUUUUUUGUUUAUUUUGUGUUGGAUAUUCGUUGCAUAUUAUCAAUUAACAAGUGGAAGUAAAUUGCAUCGUGUUUAUUGGUAUUCCAGUUUCAAAUAAUAAAUUAAUAAUUAUUUAAUAAAAUGAAAGAGUGAAAACGUAAAAUAUUGAACUGCGCAAGUGCAGUGUGUUGAGAACGGGUACGCAUAGGUCGCGAUGGCAAGCCACAAUGGAACUAACGCCAAUCUAAAUGGUAUAUGUAAUCCACCGACCACGCAUGCAGUGGUAGUAUGGGAGUAUGAAUCUCGUGGUGGUAAAUGGCUGCCCUAUAGUCCUGCAGUAUCUCAGCACUUGGAGCGUGCGCAUGUAAAAAAAUUAACACGAGUGCUGUUGAGUGAUGCUGAUCCGUCACUGGAACAAUACUAUGUUAAUGUACGCACUAUGACACAAGAGUCGGAAGAAAAUUCUGGCAAUUCAACUAUAGGUGUAAGGCGCAUGUAUUAUUCUCCAAGCUCACCGGCAGGCAAAGGUACUAAAUGGGAGUGGGCAGGGGCGAAUGGUAAUGACUGGCAUACAUAUAAUAUGCAUGUACAAUGCAUAAUAGAGGAUGCCUGGGCGAAGGGUGAACAAACUUUAAAUUUGUGCCACACAAAUAAUGGACUGCCUUAUAUAAUAAAUUUUUGUAAUUUAACUCAAACACGUCAACCUGAUGGUGCUAUGCGCAGCAUACGUCGUACACAACAAGCUCCUUAUCCUUUGGUUAAAUUAACACCACAACAAGCACAACAAAUGAAUGCAAAUAAUUAUAGCGAAUAUAAUCAAAAACGCAACAAUACACUGCCCAAAUUACCUAACAAAUCACAUGACUGCAAACAAUUACAACGAAUUCCUUUAAACGCACCACACGACAAUCGUCAACAUCACUUGUUACCAAGUACUUCAUCUUCAGCACAACAGUUGCAAUCACAGCGUAAAACGCAAAAAAAAUCUGGUGAAAUAACCGCUACUAAUCUCAGACAAAUUUUUAAUAAUCUCAACAUAUUCGGCAGCAGUACUAAGCACUCUAAUGCAGCUCCAUCUUCAUCCUCAACAGUAAAUCGCAAUACUAUUGCAAAUCACUUACAACCAUUUUCUCACACAAAAUCCAUGCUUACCUCUUCAAUGAGCAGCCAUCACAGUCGUUGCUCCGAGGGUUCACUGCAAUCUUUACGUAGUAGCCGUUUAGGUUCUCAUCGAUCACGUUCACGUACACGAGCUUCCGAUACUGAUAGUAACAGUAUGAAAUCAAAUCGACGUCCUAGUGUUGAUACCGUUUCCACCUAUCUCAGCCAUGAAAGUAAAGAGAGUUUACGAAGUCGAAACUUUGCCAUAUCAGUAAAUGAUCUACUCGAUUGUUCGCUUGGUAGUGAUGAAGUGUUUGUACCAUCAUUACCACCAACAUCUCUUAGUGAUCGUGCACCGGCACCGCCACCUUUACCACCGCAUCAUAGUUCUCGUAGUAAUUCCUCGAAACGAAAUCAUACACAACAACCAGUUCCAGGCUCGAUAGUUGGUAUUGAUCCUGCGAGUGAUAUGAUAUCACGUUUUGUUAAGGUUGUCGAACCACCAAUGUGGCCAAAUGCGCAGCCAUGCCCCAUGUGUAUGGAAGAACUUGUCCAUAAUGCGCAAAAUCCUGCUAUAGCGUUAAGCCGUUGUCAACAUUUAAUGCACUUACAGUGUCUUAAUGGCAUGAUUAUUGCACAACAAAAUGAAUUAAACAAGAAUCUCUUUAUUGAAUGCCCUGUUUGUGGGAUAGUUUACGGUGAAAAGGUAGGAAACCAACCAAUAGGAACAAUGUCAUGGACAAUAUUGAGCAAAAGUUUGCCAGGGCAUGAAGGACAGAACACAAUACAAAUUGUUUAUGACAUCGUUUCUGGUGUGCAAACUGAGGAACAUCCUCAUCCUGGGCGCGCAUUUUUUGCUGUUGGUUUUCCACGCAUUUGCUAUUUACCGGAUUGUCCUCUAGGACGUAAAGUACUACGAUUUCUUAAAAUAGCCUUUGAUAGGCGUUUACUUUUCUCAAUUGGGCGUUCUGUAACCACUGGUCGUGAAGAUGUUGUUAUUUGGAAUAGUGUUGAUCACAAAACGCAAUUCAAUAUGUUUCCCGAUCCAACUUAUUUGCAGCGUUGCAUGCAACAAUUAGUUCAUUUAGGCGUUACUGAUUAGUUGACUGAUUUUAUUGAAUAUUGAUUGUUGAAUGAUGAUUAAUGUUUAAUGAUUCGUUUAAGUGAAAUUACAGUCGUGUGCAAUUUGAAAAGAUUUCAGCAACGUUUAAAUAAGUUGAACGUUGAAAAAAAAAAGAAAGAUGAAUUGUUGCUACAACAGAAACUGCUCAAAAGCAGAAGAAACUUUUUUAAACUAAGUGAAAGUGUCAUCUACGCAAUCCCACUAAUAAUUUAAGUUAUUUAUGUACAUAAGCUUUUAAAGUAUGUAUGUUUUACAAACAAGACUUCCUUUUAUGUUCUUCCAUAUAUUUUAUAUCAUUAUAUCGCAUUUUGUGUAGUUUAUAAUAAUUCAUUUUUAAUUUUUAUAUUUUUAUUUGUUUUUGUAGUUUUGUAUUAAGUUAUACAGUUUUAGUAUUACGAUUUAAAUGCCGUAGCAAUUUAAUGUUGCCAACUUUUGAGCUGUAAGUGCAGUAAUUGAAUUUAUAUGAUUUUGGAUUUGACUAAUUCAACUUGAGAAAUUAGUCAAAUAACCAAAACUAAUUAUUAUAUUAAGAAUGUUUAUAUCAUUCCUUGCAUUUAUACUUUAAAUUCAUAUAUUAUUUUUAA